AUGGCGCACCUCCGCCCACCGCCGCUCCUCCUGACGAAGCGCCUGACCUCCUUCCUCCAACUCAACCUCUCCGAGAAAAUAACGACCCUCCUCCUCCUCAGCCAAGACGGCAAGCUGCUGGCAUACGCCUCCCAGCCGCCCAUCCCCGUCGCCACCCUGCGCACCCACGGCACCGUCGCCGCGAGCCUGUAUACCAUCCACAGCAACGGCGCCGACCAAGAUACCAUAGAUGCCGCCCUGCCACCCGGCAGCAGGGCGAGGAGGACGAGCAGGAGUAGUAGCAAUAGCAAGGGCCCACUGGCCGUGACGAUCCAACUGGAGAGUGGCACCGUGCUAGUGAUACGGCGGUUGAAGUGUGGGAUGCUGUUUGUGUGCUUGGGCCCGCCGGCAGAUCACGACACUCAGGGGAGCAGGCCGGGCACGCAACACCAACAGCAGCAGCAUGUACAGGCAGGCCAACAAACACAGCAGCAGCAGCAGCAGCAACAACAACAACAACAACCAACAACAUCACAGCACAACCUACAGCCCCCACCCGCAGCAGACGAAGCCGCAGCAAACGGCCACACGCCGACGUCGAGCCCCCCGCCGGCGCAUUCGUCGACGUCCUCCGCAGCCCAGCAGCACCACCACCUGGGCUCGCCCCCCGAGACGGCCAGCAUCCACAGCGCCGCCACGGGCGCAUCCAACACCACCACCGGCAGCAGCUCCACCGUCUUCGGCGCCGGCACCGCCGGCGUCGUGGCCACGAGGCGGCACGCCGAGGAGCUGGCGCGGUGGCUGGACGACAAGCUGGGCACGCUGGAGGUGCCGGAUGAUGGGCUGACGGGGGUUGUGGGCAUGCUGGGGACGCAGCGGGAGGCACUGCGUCGCGGGAAGCCGCUUUCAGGCCUCGCGGGCGCGUUAUUGGCAGAGGGAGCCUUUGAAUGGGCUCAUCACGCCAAGCAGAUGGCUUCGCUCCGACAGCGUGCGCGUUACAAUCACCAAGGCGCAGCCGAACAUCACAAAGACCUCCAGAAGGGGGUUCCCGCCAUCUCGACAUGA